AUGCCCGAACAUCAGCCUGAAAUCUUGACAAAGUUUCAACAGCAGCUGGAGCCAUACAUUAAGCCUCGGGAACAAGUCAACUACAUCAGGCGCGUUUUGGCGCUUCACCUCGGGUCGUGCUCCGGCAAUGGCGCCGUCCAGAACCCCCUGUUCCUCGUGGACAGCUCACAAGAAGUCACCACGCCCUCGGAUUUGACUGGCGUCUUCAGGGAAUAUGUCGAGGCUCUCCAGGCCAAUUCCGCAGCACGUCGGCAGUUUGAGGACCUCCUGCAGAAGAACGCCCCUGAAGACUCUGAGCCGCCAGCUCGAGCAGCAAGCAGUGCCGACCUCCUGGAGGAACGCAUAUGUCUUUUGAAGCUGCAGCAGAAGCGAGAGAGCUUGCUCGCAGUUCGACAAUCCCUGGAUAUGCUUAUGGAAAAGCCAGCCGCAACCCGUGAGUUCCUGGAUGCGAGGCACAUCUUUCAAGGGAGUCCCAGGGCACCGAGUGCACCGGACGAUGUCAUCAACAGCCUCACGCCUGAUCAGAGCUCUCCCCACGCAAGCCUCGAUGAUCGAAUCCACCAGUUGGAAAAGACGGUGCUGAGGGCAAAGCUGCUACUGAAAAAGGAGGAGCAAACACGGCGUGAGGCAAAGGCUCGGUCCCAAAAUCAAUUCGAUAUCGUCAGCAACGGCGCUCGCUUAGAAGCGCUGACUGCAGCUCGAAAUGAACUUAUAGCUUGGAUCGAAAACGAACUCGGCAGAGCAUCCCCUGGAAGCAGCUCAGAGGCAGGCCAAAAGUAUACCUACAAAUCGAGGGUUAGUCCAUCAACAAUUGCAGCUCACCUCGAGGAGAUUAGCAAAAAGUAUGCCACAUAUGUAUCUAUGAGGAAAACUCUCCUAGAUCUGGAAACACAGCAGUCUCAGCUUUCCCAGCCAGCUCAGCCAUCUCUGCUACCGCCUGCACAGCUAGUUGCGGGCCUGGAUCGAAACAGCAACAAGCCUCCGGCACCAAUCGAUCAUCUUCUAACGCCCUAUCUAAGAGCCUUGGCCGCUAUUUCAGUAAGCCAGAAGGCAGCUAUCACUCAGAAGUCCUUUUUCACGUCGGCAUUGUCCAAGCAGAAUCAAGAUGCCUGCCAAUUACUCGGUCGUCUCAGCGAAGAAAGCCACCUGCUACCAACGUACCCCAUGAAGGACUCGCUACGCCGGAGGUCUGGCAUACAGACAGAAGUAGCUUCGAAAUCCGAACAGCCGGAUCUCUCGAAGCGGGUGAAGCCUUGGGUAUUCGCCGCCGAUUCGGCCAAAAUCGCGCUUCUCGAAUACGCUGCAGAAACCGUCGACAUUGGACAGGUCGGGUUAGAGAAUUGCUUGGACAAUCUUCGAGAGAUCGACUUCCUGCUGGGUCAUCCUGAUGGGGAUGUUUCCAGCGAGGGCGCUGAUAAUAAACAAAAGGCUUCGGUAGCGGCAACGAAGCUUGAAGCACGAAAAUCCGCGUCAAAAAGCAGCAUAAUGGAUGACGGGCACGAUGUUUGGUCUAGAUUACACGGAGAUUUAGGAGCAUUUAGCUAA